GAGAGAAAGAAGCCUCUUCCCUCUCUCACCAUAAGAACAGAUUUACACGCCCUAGAAUCAUCCCCAAUUCCUGAGAGAGAGAUAGAGAUAGAGAGAGCUGAUUUUCGCGCCAGAAUUUCGUUUUUUCCUUUUGAUCUGGUUGGGUAUUUGCAGAGAUCUGAUUACCCUUUUGCAGCGAGAUGGCGGGAUUUUUGUCGAUGAAGAUGAAGAGAAAGGAUCUGGAAGAUGUGUACGACGAGUUCUCAGAAUUUUCGCUGUCUUCUCCCGCUAGGAAGAUCCGUAGACUGGAUGCGGAUUUGCCUCCAAUAAUGGAAGAAGAACCAGCUAUUCCUCCAGUUUUUGGCCAACCAUCGCCAGAUGAGCACCUUAAUGUCAGUACUGGGCAAUUAGGAGCUGCAAUGGAAGAGGCAGCCCCAUCUCUUCCCUUGAAUGAAGAGAGAGCUCUUGUUCUCUACAAGCCAGUUAACAUGCCAUUCUUGCAAUCUUCAAGUUCAUCCAAUAUCUCCUUGAAAGUGAAUACGGAGCUGAUUCCAGGUUUUAAGAAUCAUCAUCAACAUUUCUGGUUGGGGCAUCCAAACAUCAUAACGGAGGUGGAGGAUGACGAGGCAUCCAUGGAUGAAAACCUGGCAUCCACCAACCACUGCCUGGCUGUUGUUCCAUGGGUCCCAUCUCAGCUUCAUGCGGAUCACCUGGAAAUAAAUGGUUUGUCGGAGCCAAUGGACACUGAGGAAGCAGGUGCAGUAACGAUGGAAGUCGAGGAAGAGAAUCCAUCCACCAGUGUUGGAGGGCAAGAAGAAGCAAGGGUGCCUGCUGGGAUGGGAGGGGGUGAUGGUUUACAGCAGUGGCAGCAGCACUGCUUGACCCCACAGAUCCCGCAGAGCACAUCUACCCCGAUCAUGUGGUCUUGGUGAGAGAGAUGGCGAAGUGUUGGUUGUGAUCUCUACUAUGACUGUGGAUAGUUUUUUACCCCUCCUUUUUCUUCGUUCUCCUUCCCUGCAUGCCUUUGGAAGAGCUAUGCAUGCAGGCAGGCAGAAAAAGGAAACAUACAAAGGGAAGGUUUUGGCUGUUGUAACUGAGAUAUAAGAGGGGUUUUCAAGUAAAAGGCCCGUCCAAACAAUGGUCAGAAGUUGAAAUGUUGUACAUAUGUAGGUGAAGAUACUGAGAUGAUUUCUCUUUGAUUUGGAUGAAUCUAUGUUUGGCCUUGUGCUUCUUCUCCUGAUUA